AUGACUGCUCCCUUCCCUUUCACCUCCCAUCUCUACAGCUCCCACUCUUUCACCUCCCGUCUCUACAGCCCCCUUUCCUUUCACCUCCCAUCUCUACAGCCCCCUUUCCUUUCACCUCCCAUCUCUACAACCCCCUUUCCUUUCACCUCCCGUCUCUACAGCCCCCUUUCCUUUCACCUCCCGUCUCUACAGCCCCCACUCUUUCACCUCCCAUCUCUACAGCCCCCUUUCCUUUCACCUCCCAUCUCUACAACCCCCUUUCCUUUCACCUCCCGUCUUUACAGCCCCCACUCUUUCACCUCCCGUCUCUACAGCCCCCUUUCCUUUCACCUCCCAUCUCUACAACCCCCUUUCCUUUCACCUCCCGUCUCUACAACCCCCUUUCCUUUCACCUCCCAUCUCUACAGCCCCCUUUCCUUUCACCUCCCGUCUCUACAGCCCCCUUUCCUUUCACCUCCCGUCUCUACAACCCCCUUUCCUUUCACCUCCCGUCUCUACAACCCCCUUUCCUUUCACCUCCCGUCUCUACAACCCCCUUUCCUUUCACCUCCCAUCUGUACAGCCCCCUUUCCUUUCACCUCCCGUCUCUACAACCCCCUUUCCUUUCACAUCCCGUCUCUACAGCCCCCACUCUUUCACCUCCCGUCUCUACAGCCCCCUUUCCUUUCACCUACCGUCUCUACAACCCCCUUUCCUUUCACCUCCCGUCUCUACAGCCCCCUUUCCUUUCACCUACCGUCUCUACAGCCCCCUUUCCUUUCACCUCCCGUCUCUACAGCCCCCUUUCCUUUCACCUCCCGUCUCUACAGCCCCCUUUCCUUUCACCUCCCGUCUCUACAGCCCCCUUUCCUUUCACCUCCCGUCUCUACAGCCCCCUUUCCUUUCACCUCCCGUCUCUACAGCCCCCUUUCCUUUCACCUACCGUCUCUACAGCCCCCUUUCCUUUCACCUCCCGUCUCUACAGCCCCCUUUCCUUUCACCUCCCGUCUCUACAGCCCCCUUUCCUUUCACCUCCCGUCUCUACAGCCCCCUUUCCUUUCACCUCCCGUCUCUACAGCCCCCUUUCCUUUCACCUCCCGUCUCUACAACCCCCUUUCCUUUCACCUCCCGUCUCUACAACCCCCUUUCCUUUCACCUCCCAUCUCUACAGCCCCCUUUCCUUUCACCUCCCGUCUCUACAGCCCCCACUCUUUCACCUCCCGAAACAGAACCUCUCAGAACCUGAGUGAUCUGGACCAGAACCAGCCAAUCAGAGCUCAGUGGACUGGAUCAUGUGACCCGGACAGUCUAAGGGCUGAGCUGUUUCUAAGAGACUUGCGACGGGGGUGA